AUGGGUUGGUUGCUAAUUCUGUGUUUGCAGUUUUUCUUGUUGCUCACUCAUGUUAUAUCUUCUUCUCAUUUUAUAUGCUGCCUCGAUGACAGUUCUUCCUUGCUUCAAUUCAAAGCCUCUUUCAACAUAGAUACUACUGAUACUAAUUGUGGUAAACUAGCUUAUGCAGAGGUAUCAACAUGGCAAAAUGGUACAGAUUGUUGCUCAUGGCUUGGUGUCACCUGUGACACAAUUUCUGGUCACGUAAUUGGCUUAGACCUCAGCUGCAAUGACCUUCAAGGUAUUAUUCAUCCCAACAGUACACUUUUUCAUCUUUCUCAUCUCCAAACACUCAACCUUGCUCAUAAUAGAUUAUUCCCAACUCAACUUUCAUCUCAGUUUGGUGCUUUUGUCAAUCUCACACACCUCAACUUGUCUGAUACCGAGAUUCAAGGUGAAGUUUCUUCCUGUAUGAUCCCACAGUGCCUUGCAAACUUACCAUUCCUUCAAGUUUUGGACAUGGAGAUGAAUAAACUUUAUGGCUCUGUGCCAAAUACCUUUUCAAGUAUGACUUUCAGCACACUCAAUCUUAAUAGCAACCAAUUAGUAGGUCCUUUGCCAAAAUCUUUGUCCAACUGCAGAAACCUGGAGGUUUUAAAUCUUGGAAACAAAUUUGAAGGAGACAUUCCAAAUGUUAUUGGUGAGCUUCAUGCAAUCAUAGGACUCAACCUUUCCCACAAUAAACUUACUGGUGCGAUUCCUCAAUCCUUUGGAAAUUUGAUAAACAUCGAAUCAAUGGAUCUCUCCUCAAAUAUGCUCACUGGUAGGAUUCCUACAGAGUUAACCAAUUUAAACUAUCUUGCAGUUUUGAAUAUCUCUCAAAACCAUCUUGAAGGAGCAAUAGCUAGAGGAGAGCAGUUUGAUACCUUUUCCAAUGAUUCCUAUGUGGGAAACUAUGGAUUGUGUGGACUUCCAUUGUCAAAAAAUUGCAACAAAAUUUCUCCACCUUCAACAUAUUCUGAUGAGCAUGAACAAAAAUUUGGAUUUUGUUGGCAACCAGUAGCUAUAGGUGGAAUGGUAUUUGGUGUUGGAUUAGGAUGCUUUGUGUUGUUAAUAGGAAAACCUCAAUGGCUUGUGAGUAUGGUUGGAGGAAAGCCUAAUAGUAGGAGGACAAGAAGAAUGAGGCCUCAUGAAAGAAUUAAUCAGAAUCAGUUGCUGCAUAUGUGA